AUGGAUGGGAAGACCGACGGGAACGACUGUAGAACAGUAGCACAGAUUGGGAGACAGCUGCUCAUGCGCUACCUUUGUAGUGUUCAGCAAGUCGACCGUGCUUGUGCCUCAGCUACAGCACCGAUUUGCGGGACCCAGAUAGACCACGGAAAGACACAGUGCAGUGACACAUACCUGCGAGCAUAUAACGUAGUAUUUGCCGUCUCGAUCGCAACCACGGACUUGCAGGUCGACAGGGCCGUAUUCAGGGAAUAUGCUAUAUGA